AUGAUCAUCAACCGAUUCUGGAAUCGAUCAAUCAAGAUCCUCAAACCAUCAUUCUCACCAAUUGCAGUCCAUCAUGCUCAACCAUUCACAUCAUCAUCUCUACACCCCUCAAGUUCUUCACGAACCCCACCCCGUCGACGUACAGACCACCAGAUCACCUCUGAAUGGAUCCAACUAGUAGAUCCUAGCUGUGUACUAAACUCAUCACCAAACUCAGCAGACCAACCCACAACCAACUCACUUCUAAAACCAUCCCGAACUCUUGAUGUACUCUCAAGACUAGAUUUCACCCAAUACGCCUUAAUCGAAGUAAACGGAAUCACAACGCCCCCGAUCUGUAAACUAAUCAACCGUUCCGACCUAACCCCCGUCACCCGUGUUCGUCGCUCCUCCAAACCAACCCACAAAUCCUUACCAAUCAAAGAAAUCCAAAUCAACAACCAAAUCGAACCGAAUGACCUUUCAACCAAAUUCCGUACAGCCAUUCAUGCAUUACAAAAAGGUCAUCGAAUCAGAAUCUCAAUCAUUUUAAAUCCAAAUGGACCUAUAAACUUUUCUGAUUUGAUUGAAGAACGGUUGAUGGAAAUUGGUGCUGAAAAAAUUAAACAAGAAAGAGAAGGUAAAAAAUUAUUCAUGGAUUGGUCACCGGGAAAAGUAAAGAAAAAGUCUUGA